UCCUACGGUCACCGAGUAACAUUCAGAAACCCACUUCCUUUUACCACGCGCAGGGGCUGUGUGACUACCGGGGGCGAGUGUCCUGCCCUGCCCACAACUCGAAACACAUUCAAUGUCGACCGCGAUGCAACGUUAUAACGGAUUUAAAGGAUCGAUCAAGAUUACCUCUGGCAAAGCAAGCGGGAUGAGUUUUAAAUUAUAGUCUCGGUCGAGUAGAAUCAAUUGAUUCUUGAGAUUCUUAAAUUUUGUUAAGAUAACAAUCACAGCCCCGCAUGCCACAUGGAAAGCAUAAAGGAAGAUAAACUAGUUGAAGAGAUUAGUCAAAAAAACAACGGAGAUGUAUAGAAACUAAAUAAUAAUAUCCUUCCUUUAUCCCCGGCUGGGCAACUGGGAGCUUCUUCAGAAGGUAAAAUGAUUGUGUAUGAUGGUGUUGCAGGAGUGUAGUGUGUGUGAGCCAAGUCAGGGAGUAACUCCAGGCAGACAGAGGGAGAGAAGGAGGCCAUCUCCCCAGGGCAUGCUGCUAUCUCUAGGCCCAGUGAUGAUGGUAGUAGGGGGUUUCCUGACUCUGCAAGGUCCAGCCCUCUGGCUGGGGGUGCUGAUGGCUGUUACCGGAGCGACACUGACCACCGCGGGACUCUGUAUUGUCAUGACAACGCUACAGGUGUUGGACGUACCUGGACACUUCCUGUUACACCCCCGCACAGGAACACGCUACAGCCCACACCAGGCCCUGGCCAUCCAGAGGAGGUUGGACCGGAUACGUAGAGAGAUGUCAGAGGACUCUGUGCGAGUGACCCCCUCUCUACACCUCCCCUUGUCCCCCACCCCUCCUCCCUGGGACCUGGAGGCACCCCCCUCCUACGACUCUGUCAUGAAGAGCCGAGGUCCUUCUGACCUCUGAGGGCUAGGAUUGUACUGUUCUUUGACUCUGGUGUAUUCCCUUGCUGCCAUUACACAGUGAGCUAAAUAAAGCCCACCCGUGCUGGGAGAGACGUUGUUUGGGAAUGGAGGGGAACGCAGAGGCUGUAAGGGGUUGAACCCACCAACAUUGUUUACAUACUUGUUUGAAAAAUGAGUGCGUUAUAAUGCUGCUAUUAAGACUACUACAGCGUAAUACACUGCACUCCUAUUAUGUAAUUUAGAAAAAUUUUACAACUUUACACCACCUAAAAUUGUUGUUGCUGCUGUUACUUGUUAGUAUAAGACCGCCCAGCAGCCAUAUAUUUAGACUUUGUAGUGGCAUCGUGCUACACCAGGCGACAAGCCCAGCACUAAACCUUCACUACCAGCCUCAAUGGAGCCAGCCUUUAAAACCCCAAUCUGACUUUCUUGCGGCCUUGGACUCCAUUAGCUGUGUCUGUGACUGUGGAGGGAGUUAAGUGUCAUUCCCUAGUGUGAGUGAGAAGGUGUGUGUAUCUGUAUGUAUGUAUGUAUGUAUGUGUGAGUGAGUGCGAUAUAGCGAGUGUGUGUGCUUCUGUGGUCUUGUGUGCACCACUGACUCUAUUUUUUUUUCUUUGGUGGGUUUACAGGUACAAUAUUAAAAUUAAUAUAAUUUUCACUGAUUCGCUUUUUUGACAAUGUAAUAAAAUUUGGGCUGAGAUGAUUUCAACCAGAAGUGCCUUGUUGUUACAGUAGUAAAUGCUUGUAACAGUUUUUUUCUCUCUCUCUUCAUUUUUAAAAUGGGAUGUCAUGAUCAAAUUUAGUAAAUGAUUAAACAAAGA